UCAGGAAAAUCUUUCCUUUUUAAAAUAAUAAUAAUUAUAACGAUACAGGAUCAAUUUUAAACAACACUCCUAAUAAUUUCUUUCCUAAAUACGAAGAAAAAAAAGUUACCAAAAAUCAUGUAUCGCUUCUCCUUAUUUGCCAACCUUACCAUGUGCGACGACAUGUUUCAUGUUCUCCAAUUCCCUUUUCUCCCAACUCCUUUAAAGAAUUUAUUUUCCCCCAAAAUCAAAUAACACUCCAUUAUUAGCUUUUAUUUAUUAAUUUAUUAAUUCAACUAACAUUCAUUAUUUUGCUCCUUCAAUUCGUUCUUUCUUUCUUCCUCCCUCCCAAAGAAGAACAGAACAGAACAGAGAGAGACACUGGAAAACAUGAAAAAUUCAGAACAAAACUUUUUUGAUAAAACCACUAGUGUCACCACUUGUUUCUUCUUUCUCUUAAUUUCUUUCUCCACUACUACUAUUAUCUUCUCCUCCACCGCCGCUGUUUUCCCGUUCAUUUUAGCUGCCAUUGUGGUGGGAGGAUUCAUUCUUCUGGCAGUUAGAACUGCCAUUGUAGCGUGGAUAACGGUGCUUGUACUGCUAGCUUUCGCCGGAAAACGACGUCGUGUUCUUGCUAAGGAUGGGAAGAAGAUUACGUCGGAGGUGGUAGUGUAUGUCGCAAAUGAAGUGAUUAAGGAGAAGGGAUUUGUUGCUAUUUCUGGAGUUAUGGUUAUGGGAUUAAUCGCUAAAGCGCUGUUAUAAACGCAUUGGUUUACUAAUAACUCGCUUGUUAUUUAUAACUUUAAAUCCUAUAUUUUGGCUUGAAGUACAAUUUUUUUUUUUUGUUCUAAUACUAUCGACUCUUCAAAAUUUCAGUGGUGCAGGAUGAGUUCCCCAAA